AUGUCGCAUUGUCUUGUUUUCGCGCUGACUUUCAAACGCUGUCUUUUAGCCAGCGCUGUACAGUGCACAGAAAAUACGAUAGUUGUUAAUUUUGUGACCAAAAAUCCGUUUCAAGGACGGAUUUUCGUCAAGGGUAUGGCCGAUAAGCCGGACUGUACUCAGAGCUACUUCAGGACUAUGACACCAACGACUACGCCAUCGAUCGCUUUCGGCUUCGGAAUGUGUAACAUGAUCCGCGCCAGAACGGUAGAUCCUCAGCCAGGAAUGAUCCAGUCAUUGAUGGUCAUAAUCAGCUUUCACAAAUUAUUCAUUACAAAGAUCGACAAAGUGUAUAAGAUACAGUGUUUCUACAUGGAAACGCAGCAAACGGUAACACUUGUUCAAUCGUUCGCUGGCCUUCUUAUGGACACUAAUCGUAUGCCGACGUGUACCUACGAGGUGAGAAGAGGAGGACCCGAUGGUCCAAUUAUACGAUUUGCUCAAGUGGGCGAGCCAGUCUAUCAUGAAUGGUCCUGCGACAGUAACACUCACAACAUAUUGGUGAAAGACUGUUGCGUUGACGAUGGACAGGGAAACCAAUACAAAAUAAUUGACGAAAAUGGGUGUGCCGUCGAUCCUGUAAUUCUCGGUGACAUAACGUACACUGUGACCGGUCCAGCGAAAGCAUACGUCAACGGUUUCGUUUUCAAAUACGCCGACAAGCCAUCGGUGUUCUACCAGUGUACAGUACAGUUAUGCAACAAGGGAGACGAGUAUUGCGAAUCUCUCACGGUAGUCUGCUGUCAGAAUCUCAGUCGGCAAAGCAGGUCUUGUAUUCUAUAUCUGUUACAGCCACCAUCAUGUGGUCUAAUGGCUACAACGCCGUCUACGUUUUCCUGGCCGAUUAGGCGAACACAACUGACUAAGAAGCGUCAGCAAAGAAGCAGGCGUCUGGCGCGGAUGAACGAUACCACAGGAUCAGCCGCCGGAAAAUAUAGCCAAGAAAUCGACCUUUUCACGCAAACCAUGACCGUGUUGGACUUGGACGAUUUCGAGUCAAGUAAUGAUAUGGAAUCACUUCGUCGAAUGUCGCAAAAUUACCCAAGAACCAUAGAUGAAGAAAGCGGUGACAACGGCAAAAGCUUCUGCUUCUCAGCCUUUUCGUUCAGCGCAUUCAUGACGUUUGUUGCUAUCGUGUUCACCACAACGGUCGUCGCAUUCUGCAUGAUCUGUAAACGCAAACAGUCUCAAGAGAAAGCAAAGCCGCACAAGUAA